CAAUGAAAACUUCCUGUAUACGAAGAAGAUACAGAGAAUUUGUGUGGCUGAGGCAGACUCCAAAGUAAUGCAUUGCUGGUACAAGUGCUGGAAUUGCCAUCGAAAAACCUAUUUUUCAAUAUGAACAAUCACCAGCACGUUGAUCAGCGUCGUCAGGGUUUGGAAGAUUUCCUCAGAAAAGUCCUGCAGAAUGCACUCCUGCUCUCAGACAGCCGCCAGCACCUCUUCCUGCAGAGUCACCUGAACUCCGAGGACAUCGAGGCAUGUGUAUUGGGGCAGACCAAGUACUCAGUAGAAGAAGCAAUUCACAAGUUUGCCUUGAUGAAUAGACACUUCCCAGAAGAAGAUGAAGAAGGGAAAAAAGAAAAUGAUAUAGAUUAUAAUUCAGAAAGUUCAUACUCUGGGCUUGGACACAGCAGUGAUGACAGCAGUUCACAAGGACGUAAAAUAAGUACAGCGGCACAGGAGUCCUGAAAAAGCAUUCGAAUGGCAUUUCCUUAGGAAUAGCAAAUUGUGUCCAGUCCAUAGAGAAGAGAGCUUGCUAGUAAUAAAUCCUUACCUAAAGUUCACUGUUACCAUACUAGGUAUUUAAAUUCUUAAAGAUAGUGAGUGGGUUGUUUAGUAGUGGUAUGUAUUUUUAUGUUGUCUAAUUUUAGCCAAGCUUCUGUAUAAAGCAAAUGAAAAAAAAUCUGUGAAUGCCAUACUGUCCUUUAUGUCCAAUGUUACUGGU